AUGUACGGCUACCUGGCGCUGCUGGGCAGCUCGCUGGAGCAGCUGCAGGCCAAGCUGGCUCUGCUGCAGACGGACUUCCAGCUGCAAGCCGUCCGCGAGGCACUGGCUCAGCUGGAGGCGGACGCUGGCCGGCGCGAGGAGCGCGGCGCCGCGCUCGCCGCCAAACUGACCCAAUUGCAGCAAGAGUUCAGCGACCUAAACCGUCUCCUACUGGUGGUCCAGGAAAGCCUGAAACAGGUGCGCUCGUGCUGUAACCGGACCGACCCGGACUGGAGCGCGCUGCUGAGCGGCCGGCUGCAAGACAUGGAGCGCCAGCUGGAGGAGCGGCUGCUGGUGCACGCGGCCACCAUCAAGCAAGACCUGGCCUUGGAGACCGCGCCGGCCGUGGCAGUUACAGGCGUCAGCCGGGCCGACGUGGAGACCAUCGCGCGCCAGACGCUGGCUCUGUACGACGCCGACAAGACGGGCAAGUUCGACUACGCGCUGGAGUCAGCCGGCGGCAGCGUCGUCAGCACCAAGUGCACGGAGUCCUACAACGUCAAGUCGGCGCGCAUCUCCGUGCUGGGCAUCCCUCUGUGGUAUGCGUCCAACAACCCGCGGACCAUCAUCCAGCCGCACAUGAGUCCCGGCGAGUGCUUUGCCUUCCGCGGCCAGGGCUACUUCGUCAUCGCGCUGUCGCGACGGAUCGUGCCCACCGGCUUCGUGAUGGAGCACAUCUCGCGUAACCUGACGCCCAGUGCCGCCAUCGACUCGGCGCCCCGGGAGUUCACCGUGCUGGGCCUGGCCGACCCCCAGGACCGGGAGGGCGUCGUGCUGGGCGACUACGUGUACGAGGAGGCGGGGCCGCCGCUGCAGGAGUUCGGCGCGCAGGUCGUCGGUGCCGCCGACUUCAGCGUGGUCGAACUACGCGUCAAGUCCAACUGGGGACAUCCGAACUACACGUGCGUGUAUCGGUUCCGCGUACACGGUGCGCCCACCGGACCCGACGGGGCGUAGCGCCGGCGCCGCCACCACGAGCGGCGCCUGGCGGCGCUCGCUCGCAACAGUACAAACCAUCGCGGUGUGUGGAGGGCCGGCGAGCGCGCCGGCGACGGGCGCUGGCGGACAGGGCGCGGGGUGUGCUGUAGAGACGAGGCGGCCGGCGAGCUAGUCCUGGCCGUUCGCUGUUGGUUCACGCGUCACCAAAUGCCGAGCUGUGUGAUCUCUCGCGUUGAGUAGCGCUCAUCUUUAGUAGGCACCGGUGCAGGCGGCCCGGUCACGGCCGCCAAGGAGCCCGUUUGUUUUGUUACACGGCCGUCGCCACCUGCGACCGCGCUUGGCUUGAGGACGCCGUUUGCUGCCCUAGGUUCGAGGAUCUGUUGCCAAAGUAAGCUGCAUGCGUACACGCGAGCGAGUGCCGAACGCGGCGGGUCAUUUUUUGUAGAUAUUCAUCGGGUUUUCAAACAUCGCCACUGUCGAGUGCGAGGUACACUGCUUAACGAUGGGAUAUGCGAUGGAUGACUGCUGGAGUGCGAACAACCAUUUUUACAUGCUUAGCGUGCCUUCAGAUUACAUGCAAAAUACUUUUAAGCUUAGAAAUCCGCUGCUUUACCUGAGCCCGUUUCUCGUUGGAUUUCGGGACCAUCGUGUUGAAUAAAAUUCUGUUUUAGUCA